AGGAGGGAGGGGCUUUCAAAGUGCUGUGCGGAACACGAACAUUUUUAGGCGUUGCAACCGGCUAGUAAUAAAUAACUUCCUGCGGCAGAGGGCGAUUGGGAAGAAGUGCUUCCGGUGGCCUUGGACCAUUAAUCAAUAAACAAGGCUCCUAGGCUUGAUCUAGUCGUCGACUCAGACCCGUCAGAAUCAGGCAGCCGCGUAGACCACUCCUGGGACAGGGCGGGAGAACAUCCUUUGUCCUAGAGUUUUACUAGCACCUUUUUCAAAGUGAUCUUAGCUUGGUUUUUAUAUCAGAACUGCCUGGACUUCCUAUUUUCACUACAGAAGCUUAUGAUCUACAGUUGCCGGGGACAUAAACACACACCUUUAGGGUAUCAGCUACAGUGAGCCCCAGAGCUCUUCUCUGUUUACUCUAAAAUGCUGAGGUACUGGGGAGAGAUACCAAUACCUUCAGGACAGACCAACAGAAGUUCCUUUGAUCUGCUCCCACGGGAGUUCCGUCUGGUGGAAGUCCAUGACCCACCCCUGCACCAGCCCUCAGCCAACAAGCCAAAGCCCCCCACCAUGCUGGACAUCCCCUCAGAACCCUGCAGCCUCACCAUCCAUACCAUUCAGUUGAUCCAGCACAACCGACGUCUUCGAAACCUUAUUGCCACAGCUCAGACCCAGAAUCAACAGCAGACAGAGGGUGUGAAGACUGAAGAGAGUGAGCCUCUUCCCUCCUGCCCUGGGUCACCUCCUCUGCCUGAUGACCUCCAACCUUUAGAUUGUAAAAAUCCCAGUGCACCAUUCCAGAUCCGGCACAGUGACCCAGAGAGCGACUUUUACCGUGGGAAAGGAGAGCCGGUGACUGAGCUGAGCUGGCACUCCUGUCGGCAGCUCCUCUACCAAGCAGUUGCCACAAUCCUGGCCCACGCAGGCUUUGAGUGUGCUAAUGAAAGUGUCCUGGAGACCCUAACUGACGUGGCACAUGAGUACUGCCUCAAGUUCACCAAGCUGCUGCGCUUCGCUGUGGACCGGGAGGCCCUGCUGGGCCAGACUCCCUUCCCUGAUGUCAUGGAGCAGGUGUUCCACGAGGUGGGCAUUGGCAGUGUGCUCUCCCUGCAGAAGUUCUGGCAGCACCGCGUCAAGGACUACCACACUUACAUGCUGCAGAUUAGUAAGCAGCUGUCUGAAGAAUAUGAAAGGAUUGUGAAUCCAGAGAAGGCCACAGAAGACACUAAACCUGUGAAGAUCAAGGAGGAGCCUGUGAGUGACAUCACGUUUCCUGUCAGCGAGGAGCUGGAAGCCGACCUUGCUUCUGGAGACCAGUCCUUACCCAUCGGGGUCCUCGGGGCUCAGAGUGAGCGCUUCCCAUCCAACCUGGAGGUGGAGGCUUCGCCACAGGCAUCGAGUACAGAGGUAAAUGCUUCUCCUCUCUGGAACCUGGCACAUGUGAAAAUGGAGCCUCAAGAAAGUGAAGAAGGCAAUGUGUCCGCACACGGGGUGUUGGGCAGUGAUGUCUUUGAGGAGCCAAUGUCAGGAAUGAGUGAAGCUGGAAUCCCUCAGAGCCCUGAGGACUCAGACAGCAGCUAUGGAUCCCACUCCACUGACAGCCUCAUGGGCUCAUCGCCUGUUUUCAGUCAGCGCUGCAAGAAAAGGAUGAGGAAGAUUUAACUGCAGAAGGACACUGAAUCCAGACCCACACAGCCAGCAGGGAGCCUUAGUGUCUGAAUUGUUUCCAUAAGUAGUCAUUUGAUUCUGUUCUUCAGUUGAGGCCUUUCCUAAUUUUAGAAAAACAGUUCUUAACCUAGUAACAGUUCACUUUGGCAUCAUUGUACUUUUUCAGAACAACUCAGCCACUGUUCGAAGAUGGAUUGUGAUACUGGCCUGGUAAUCAGACCAAAGUCCUGUCCCCAGCUGGUUUUACUGUGGGACAACACACAUCUCGGCUCCUCCCAGCCGGGCAUACUCGAGAAUUGUGCCACUUUAAUGCUUCUUACAGAGAGGAGGGAUGCUGAGGUGCUCUGCUUAAACUUCAAAGUUUGCAUAUAUUCGUGUAAAUAUAUGCUAUUAUAGAAGUCAGGGAUUCAUUCAUCUAUUUUGUGUCAUCACUGGGAAUCCAGUAGUAAGAUAGAAAAUAGCUAAACAAAGUUUGUCAGUCAGAUUUCAAAACUAGUUUUGCUACUCAAAAGCCUCUUACAGAGCAAGAGCCCUGUGGUGACAGCCAUCAUCCUUAUGCAGCUGUCCCCACAGUUCUUUCUUUUCUAGAAUAUUGCAGCCAGCCUCGGUGUGUUUACUUUUCAUACACUCCUCUGCUGACUCCAAGUUUUAAGUAUCUUUCACCCUGCACAUUUCCAACUGUUGCUGUUCUCCUUUGUGAAGGCAGCAGACAGGACCUGCCACGGCUGCUGGAUGGUCAGCAUCUGGCUGUUUCAGGACAGCUGUUGGUUUCAGGGUUUUUUUGUUUGUUUGUUUGUUUGUUUGUUUUGGUUAUUUUGUUUAAAAAGACAUUUGAGGAGCCAGAGAGAUGGGUUGGUGGGUAAAGUCACUUGCAAUUUAAGUUUGAUCCUGGGGACCCACAUGGUAUAAAAAGAGAACCAACUCCCCUCUACAUGCCAUGGUGCAUGCAUGUGUGUGCACGUGUACACACACACACUUAAAAAUAAAUUAUUUUUGG